UUCGGGCGGCUCCGGGCGGCGGUGCUCGGCGUGGUGCACGUGGGCGCGCUGCCAGGGACACCGAGAAGUUCUCUUCCCUUGGCACAAAUCAUCGAUCAAGCUUGUCAAGAAGCAGAAGCAUACAAAGAUGCUGGAGUUGAUGGCUUGAUAGUGGAGAACAUGCACGACCGGCCCUACACGCUGUGCCCUGGGCCUGAGGUGACGGCCGCCAUGACGGCGGUGGGCGCAGCGGUGCGGCGGCUCUGCCCACACCUCGCCUUGGGCGUCCAGGUGCUGUGUGCCGCCAACCAGCAGGCCACGGCCGUGGCUCUCGCGGCAGGUCUUGAUUUUAUUCGAGUUGAAGGUUUUGUGUUUUCUCAUGUUGCUGAUGAAGGGAUCAUAAAUGCCUGUGCAGGUAACCUGCUACGAUACAGAAAACUAAUUGGAGCAGAGAAUAUUCAGAUUUUUGCUGACAUUAAAAAAAAACACAGUGCUCAUGCCCUGACGGCAGAUGUCAGCGUGGCUGAGACCGCCUCUGCUGCUGAGCUCUUCCUGGCUGAUGGGGUGGUACUGACUGGUACGGCAACCGGGCUGCCUGCAGACCCUGGGGAGCUGAGAGAGGUUCAACAUGCUGUGAAGAUUCCUGUUUUGAUUGGAUCUGGAGUUACUCUGGAGAAUGUGAAGAAUUACUUGGAUGCAAAUGCUCUAAUAAUUGGUUCGUAUUUCAAGAGAGAAGGUUAUUGGGUGAAUGGUGUUGAUCCUGACCGAGUGAAGAAAUUUAUGGAGCACAUAAGUAAACUGAGAGAAUGAGUUAGUCAGCAAGCACUAUUUCCCUGUUUGUGUACAUAAAUGCAGCGUGAUAUAUCAUACAGAAUUAAAGCACAAAUGUGCACUUGAA